UGAGCCGCUCUCCGGCCGCCCCCUCUCCGCUGCUGUGGCUGUCGCCGUCGCUAUGAAGUAGCUGACGCGGGACGGGUCCGGAGUGAGAGACGGAGCUGGCGUGACAGGCGGCCGCCGGGCGCACAGAGCGAGGCGCGGCCGGGUGCCGCGCCGGCAGCUUCUCGCAGGCUCAGGGUAAUACGUUGGUGCACAGUUGAGACAAUGGAGUCCAUGCUGAACAAAUUGAAGAGUACUGUUACAAAGGUAACGGCUGACGUCACCAGUGCAGUCAUGGGAAAUCCUGUUACCAGGGAAUUUGAUGUUGGUCGACAUAUUGCCAGUGGGGGUAAUGGUCUUGCUUGGAAGAUAUUUAAUGGAACUAAGAAAUCAACAAAACAGGAAGUGGCUGUUUUUGUCUUUGAUAAGAAGCUAAUAGACAAGUAUCAAAAGUUUGAAAAGGACCAGAUUAUUGAUUCUUUAAAACGAGGCGUUCAGCAGCUCACUAGGCUUCGACACCCUCGACUACUUACAGUUCAACAUCCAUUGGAAGAAUCCAGGGAUUGCUUGGCAUUUUGUACAGAACCAGUCUGUGCAAGUUUAGCUAACAUUCUUGGCAGCUGGGACAAUCUACCUUCUCCUUUACCAUCUGACAUCAAAGAAUACAAACUUUACGAUGUGGAAACCAAAUACGGUUUGCUUCAGGUUUCUGAAGGCUUGUCGUUUUUGCAUAGCAGUGUGAAAAUGGUCCAUGGAAAUGUCACUCCUGAAAAUAUAAUUUUAAAUAAGAGUGGAGCAUGGAAAAUUAUGGGCUUUGAUUUUUGUAUCCAGUCAACAAAUCCAUCUGAACAAGAGCCAAAGUUCCCUUGUAAGGAAUGGGAUCCAAACUUGCCAUCCUUGUGUCUUCCGAAUCCCGAAUAUCUGGCACCAGAGUAUAUUCUCUCCGUAAGCUGUGAGACAGCCAGCGAUAUGUACUCUCUAGGAGCUGUUAUGUAUGCAGUGUUUAAUAAAGGGAAACCAAUUUUUGAGGUCAACAAGCAGGAUAUUUAUAAAAGCUUUAGUAGACAGCUGGAUCAGCUGAGCCGUUUAAGCUCCAGUACUCUUCAGAAUAUACCAGAGGAGGUGCGUGAACAUGUAAAGCUACUCUUAAAUGUAGCUCCAGCAGUCAGACCAGACGCAGAUCAAAUGACUAAGAUACCAUUCUUCGAUGAUGUAGGAGCAAUGACGCUUCAGUAUUUUGAUUCAUUGUUUCAAAGGGAUAACCUUCAGAAAUCACAGUUCUUUAAAGGGCUACCAAAGGUUCUGCAAAAACUACCCAAGCGUGUUAUAAUUCAACGGAUUUUGCCUUGCUUGACUUCUGAAUUUGUGAAUCCUGAUAUGGUACCCUUUGUCUUGCCUAAUGUUCUCCUAAUUGCUGAGGAAUGCACCAAAGAAGAAUAUAUCAGGCUUAUUCUACCUGAUCUGGGUCCUGUUUUUAAGCAACAAGAACCAAUCCAGAUUUUGCUGAUCUUCUUGCAAAAAAUGGAUUUGCUUCUAACCAAAACUCCACCGGAUGAAAUAAAGAACAGUGUUCUACCAAUGGUUUAUAGAGCCUUGGAAGCACCUUCAAUUCAGAUCCAGGAGCUUUGCCUAAACAUAAUUCCCACGUUUGCCAAUCUAAUAGAUUACCCAUCAAUGAAAAAUUCAUUAAUUCCCAGAAUUAAAACUGCAUGUUUGCAAACUUCUUCUCUCGCUGUCCGGGUAAACUCACUAGUGUGCUUAGGCAAGAUUUUGGAGUACUUGGAUAAAUGGUUUGUGCUUGAUGAUAUUUUACCUUUUCUACAACAAAUUCCAUCCAAGGAACCUGCAGUGCUAAUGGGAAUUUUAGGUAUUUACAAAUGUACAUUUACUCAUAAGAAGUUGGGAAUUACCAAAGAGCAGCUUGCGGGAAAAGUAUUGCCCCAUCUGAUUCCUCUUAGUAUUGAGAACAAUCUUAAUCUCAAUCAGUUCAAUUCCUUUAUUUGUGUUAUAAAAGAUAUGCUUAAUAGAUUGGAGGCAGAACAUAAAACCAAACUUGAGCAACUUCAUGUCAUGCAAGAGCAACAGAAAUCUUUGGAUAUAGCUAACCAAAUGAAUGUAUCUGAAGAGGCAAGAUCUAGUAGUACAAGUAAUCAGAUUGACAAGGUAUUUAAUACUAGUGGAACUGACCUUCUAACUAGUGGAUCUGAUAGUAAAGAGAAUGAGAUGUCAUCAAAACAGAAAAAGGCAUCGCUUACACUUGAAGAGAAGCAGAAGUUAGCUAAAGAACAAGAACAGGCCCAGAAACUGAAAAGCCAGCAACCUCUUAAGCCACAAGCAACUACAAUAACACCUCCAGUGAAGCAGACAAAAGACUUGACAGACACCUUGAUAGAUAAUAUGUCAUCUUUGACUAUCAACAAAGCUAAUGCUGCAUCUUCAGCCAGCUUCUCUUCUGUCCCUUCUAUGGGUGUUGGAAUGGGAUUUUCAUCACCUAUUGACAACACAAAGAGAAAUAUAACAAACGGACUAAAUAGUAAUAUGGGUUUUCAGACUGCUGGAUUCACUAUGGGAGCUGGUCCCACCACUCAGAAUUUCUUCAGUGGUCCAAGUGCAACAGGAACAACCAAGAUGAACAUCGUACCAACUGCCAAUAUGCCAAAUUACAGUCCUAUGAACACCGCAUCUGCAAUCUCUCCACUGGCACAGCAAAACAGACCCCCAGAUAUGUCUGCUUUAGAUAAUCUUUUUGGUCCUCAAAAACCCAAAGUUAGUAUGAAGCAGUUGGCUCAACAGAAAUCCAGCCAAUGGGUUAAUCAGUUUGUGCCCCCACAAGGGUCUCCAAGUGCAAGUAAUUCAGUCUUGGGACCUCAGAUGAACAUGAUAGGACAGACUGGCUUUGGUAUACAGGGUAAUCCUUUCUUUGCUCCUCAGAACUUUGCACAACCAGCCAACACGAUGACAAACAGCAACUCGGCUAGCAAUGACUUAAAAGAUCUUUUUGGGUAAAUGUUUUCUUCUUUCAAAGAUCGAUGACAUUUGGAUCAUGGGUAAGCUGAUUAACAUCUUUUUUUGAUUAGUAAAUCAAAGCAUGAUUUGGGGAAACUUUCAGCCCAGCAAGCUAAAGACUUUAGGACUGGAAGAAAGACUUGAUUUUUCUUUCACCUGGUACUGCAGUGGAAUCGUGUAAGUGCAAAGUCAUUUUACACGUUAAAGAUUUCCUGUCUCUUUACUGAACACCAGAACACUGAAGGUAGGAAGCCUAUUUUCAGUCAAGAAAGAAGCAGCUGAGUAUCUCAGAGUUAUUCAGAGGUGUAUGCCAUCAACUCCUACGAAAUGUCCUACAAAGUUUUGUUUUUCAAAUUCAACAAAAAUGCUUAGGGGAUAAUAGUGGUAGUGAAUGCAGUCCUGCAGCCCUAUCCUUUCAGCGUCUGCUAAAUUCUUAUUGACAAUUUGUGUUGCCUGAAUUCGGCACAAGCUGUCAUUUUGCCAUCUGACAGUUUGCAAAAAGUAAAUUCUUAUACUGCUGCAAGAAAGUUUUGUUAGCCAUGUUACGUAGAAAGAUCUCUGGCCAGUAACCGUGUAAGGAGCUAAGUAGUGAAAAUAUUUUAUAUUUUUUGUCUUAUAAGCUAAUUAAAAUUCAUGUGGUGAUAAACUGCAACAAGAUUCAGGACGUUGUUUUAAAAUUUUGUUAAAGUUUGGGACAGAGCCAGAACCACUGCUCCAAUGGUCAUGCUGGUUUGCAAGUUGUUUUGUAAUGUCAGAUCCUUGUUACCAGCCCAUUGCACAAGCAGCAUACCACUUAAACAGGAUUUUAAAAUACAUAUGGUGACUUGAUCACAUUUAUUACAUAUUCCGGUGUUUUGGCUUGUUUGGUACUACUUCUGACUGAUGUUGGAAAAUAAAAGAGUAUGAGUAGUUAUGGAACCUCCUAAAAAGAAGGUUUUCUGUAAAAUUCAGAUAUUGACUGACCCAGCUGUGUUAACUGAGCAUUGCUGCGCAAGUAAACACACACUGUUUAGUUACACAGAAAUAGCUUGAAUUACUUCAUAGUUUUUGGCUCCGUUGAGAGGAUGGAAAAGGAUUGCCUUGUACAGGUUGCACAUGAUUGUGUGAACAAGCAGACUGCCAUAAAUUGCCUUGAGUAAAAUUAACUGUUUCAUUUUAAUUUUGUUUUAACUCAAGUCUUUAUAAGGGAUAGAUGAAUAUGAAACGAGCUCUCAAAUACACAGAUUUGUAAGCUCUAGGAUAUAUAGUAAAUACACAGGUAUUUCAGAUUGUUUUUAUUGUAUUACUCUAAAUUUAAUAAAGCUCUCUAGAAAAUCAAACAGUUUCUUCUGCUUCCCAGAGAUGUAUGUUCAGCUUGCCCAUGAUAGAAUCUCUGCUCUGUCAGAUACUACUGUUGGGUUUUAACUUUUUCUUUCCUAGGAAUUUCAGGAGCUUUCUUAUGUAUUAUUUUGAAGACUAAAGCUGGCUAUUUUGAGAAGGAAAGAACUAGUUACCUUUUUUAAGGAAAGCCUACAUGCUUUAUAUUUCAAAGCCUUUCACUGAAGAAAUGUUCUUUCAUUCGCUGCUUAAGAAACCAAAGGGCCUUAUGCUGUAAAUGUGACUUGUAUUUUGUUAUAUCUCCACGGUUCUAAGCGGUAAAAGCACUAAGCAUAUUUCUUAAAGAAUUGUUUAUGUAUUCUAGCUGCUGCCUUAGUCCUAUUGUUUUAAAAUACCUGGGACCAGUGAAAUUGUGGUUUAGAAAACAACACCUAACACAUUGUGAUGCUUAUGUGCUGUUAAUAUUCACGGGAAACAUUGUAGGUUAUGUUAAGAGAUCUGUGUAAACUUAGGACUAGAACUGUUAAACUAUUUAAGUUCAUUUUUGGUUACUAGUAUUCUAUCAAUCACACUAAUGUCUUCUUUUAUGUCAACUUUGAAAGCUAUGUUUUGUUAGGGUAACAAGGCAAGCCUUUGAAGAAUUACUUGAAUCUGUAUAUAAUCUAAAUUAUUUGGAAAAUAAGUUUAUAUUAAAAAAUAGCAUCUCUUGGGACUCUACAAUGUAUUUAAUUAAUGUGUUCAUGGUAAAGGCAAUCUUCAAUGUCAGUGUAAUUAUCUGGGCUUCCAGUCUCUGGUCCCCUAGGACUGGAGCCUUUUCAGAACUGGAUUUCAAUUUAAUCUAUUGGAGGGAAAAUUAGCUGAGAAAAAAAUGAUUAAAUGCUACGUGCUAGACCUCCUAAA